AUGCCGUCUGCAGAGAAUAGCUCCCUUGAAUAUUUACGAAGUUUAGUUAGUUAUGAUAUUAAUUCAAUUCUGUAUGAUGAUACAUUAGUUUGUUCAUUACCAAAUAAUACAGAGGUUGGAUCAUUUGAAGUUAAAAUAUCUAAAACAAAUUAUGGUGAUCUUCAUGAUUGUAUUCAAGUUGUUGCUAAUAGUCAAGCAACUAUUGAUAAUGUUCUAUGCGGUACAACAGUACGAGCAGUUGUAACACGAGAACUUGUUACUGUACAACAAGAACAUACGGAAUAUGUUAAAUUACCAAAUCCUAUAACACGAAUCGUUGAUUUUAUAUCAGAAUCAACAGAUUAUGUUAUUACAAUUAAUAAUGAAGAAGGCAAAAAAAAAACUACUGAAACAAAACGUAUUCCAAAAAAUCAAGCACAUGGACUUAUCUUAGAAGGUGCUAAUCUUAUUUUACAACGUUUAAUGGUUCAACGUAAUAUGCCAGAAAAAGUUACAUUACUUUCACUUGAUUCAUCAUCAGAAUUGUGUCUCAAUGUUUAUACAUCAUUGGGUCCACAGCAAAUUCAUAUUAAUGGCAAAGAUAUUGAAGCAUGGGGUAUACAACGGCAAAUAUUUGAAACAAAACCAAAUGUAUUACCAGUUGCAUGGCAAAGUUAUUUAAAUAUUGAUGGGCGUCUUAUUUCUCGAUAUCAAGUGGGUUCACCAAUUAAAAUGAAAACACAAACAUUACCAACAGCAGAGGAAUUUGAUGAAUAUUUACCUAAACCAGAAAUUCCAAAAAGAAAUCUUAAAUGGGAAGAUGAUUUAGAAUUACGUUCAAAAUUUCUUGACAGACGUGAAGAAUUAAUUGAUGAUUAUAAAUCUUAUAUCUAUCAUCAUCCAGACAUAACUGCACUUGUAUCUGAUUUUCUUCAAUCUGUUUUAAUUAUGAAACCUGAAAAUGUAAUUGACUAUGCAACGGAAUUUUUUGCUCCAUUUAAUUCUCAAACAGCCGAUCGUUCUUUAUUUCGUUUUGCUGAUGAAAAAAUUCCUGUACCAAAACCAAAUUUAUCUUUACAAUAA